UGAAAUCUGGACAAUCUGUGUGUCUGGAUUCAUCUGUGCAUCGAUACACCAAGUUGAGACGUGUCCAGAGCCCACAACUGACAAUGGUUGUGGAACAGGCCACGGUUACCAUGGACAAAGGAUACGCAUGGGUGAUUUUAUUUGCCUGCUCCAGUAUAUACGUUGUAAUGUCGGGAAUGGCUAAAGCGUUCGGGAUACUUUACACGGAGCUGAUCAAUGAGUUUGAUACAGGAGCUGGAAGCACCGCAUGGAUAGGGAGCGUCAUGAUGUUUCUCUUCUUCGGCCUAGGGCCAAUAUCAAACAGGCUGGCAGAAAGAUUCACAUUUCGAAAAGUGAUAAUGGUUGGGGGCGUCCUAACGUCCCUUGGACAUUUCCUCAGUGCAUUUGUCCCCAGAAUGGAAUGGAUGUAUCUAACCAUUGGCGUUAUAGCUGGUAGUGGCUGCGGGUUUGUAUUUGCUCCUAGUACAACAAUCAUCAGCUUCUAUUUCGAGAAGAGACGUGCAAUGGCAUUGGGCGUGGUUCUGGCGGGGGCUGGACUCGGAAGUGUCGUCUACCCGUAUUUCUAUCGGAUUAUACUAGACAGCUUUGGAUUACGAACAUCUCUAAUUAUUGUCAGUGGUGUUUUGAUGUAUGUUCCUUUCGUUGCUCUCCUAUUAAGGGAGCCUGCUCAACUUGCAAAGAAAACUGAUGACAAUUUACCAGACAAAUUCAGCAAAGACAAAGAUCAAAACCAAUCGAUAACUACAAACAAGCCAUAUUACGUUGACAGUUGUGUGCCAAGGGCACAAACAUAUUCUUCUGAAGCAAGUCGGCAACAUGUUAUUCUUAGUCGCGACGGAAUUCGAAAGAUAUUUGAUGUAAAUGCUAACCGGGAAGAUACGAAGACCAAUUCUGUGGAGACCAAUUCAAUAAUGAUAAUGAACGAGGUGGUCUGAAAGAUAAAAAAGCAAACAAUGACAUCCUUGAACAAAAUGGAAGGGAAAAUGGCCGAAGUUCGUUUUGUUCUAUGUUUGAUUUCUCGUUGUUCCGGAUACCAAAGUUUACAAUGUACGUCAUGGCGUUUAGUUUGAAUAUUUUAGGAUAUGGAGGUAAUUUCACAGCCUUCCCAUCAUACAUUGUUGAAGUUGGAUACCAGAAAGACGAGGUAGCAGUAGCAAUGUCAAUCAUUGGCGCAACUGAAGUCAUCGCUAGACCAUUCUUUGGCUGGUUCGCUGAUUUAAAAUGGUUGAGCGUCAAACAUAUAUUAAUAUUUUCAGCUAUCACCAGUGGACUUGCAGCGAUCCUGUUGCCGUUGUGGGAUUCAUAUGAGAUUAUGCUUGUGUACGCUGUAGUGGUUGGGACAUUUCCAGGAGCAUUCUGGAGUCUUAUGGCUGUGGCCAUGUUAGAAAGUGUCACGCUUGACAAACUGACAAGGGCGAUGGGUCUUCUAUCCCUGUUUAUGGCCUUUGGCAUCGUUCUUAGUCAACCAUUGGCAGGAUGGGUGAAGGAUGUCACUGGAUCCUGGGAUUUAUCCUUCCGGAUCAUUGGAAUGUUUGUAUCUGUUGCUGGACUUGUUGUCUUAGCAGAGCCUAUUUUCCACCGUGUUUGGAACCGCAAUAUGGCAGAUUCAUUUCGGAGGAAUGAAGAAUUGGGACACGGUGUCGCUGAACAGUGUUUUGAAAUAACGUUUGAGCAGCCGAUGGAGAAUGAUCGUGACGCAAUGAAAAACGUAGAUCUAGUGUCAUCGAGUAGUUUUGGUGAACUGACACAAAAGGAUACAGAUAGCGUAUUUAUCAUACCAACUUCCAAGUCUACGUAUUUGUAAUGUAUCUGAUAGGAUACGGUUAGAGGAUUUACAAUGUUGAACUUUAAUAUCCGAAGUGAUUCUUUAACUAAUAUUAUCUUGUGUUUCAGAUUGGAUUCAGGUUCAUAUUUAAUAAAUUAAUACUUUAUUAGUGUAGUGUUGUUUUGCAUGCUAUUGCAUUCUCAAGUAUUAAUUGUGUUAAUACAUGCAUGUAGCCAGGGUUUUCUAAAACGUAUACACUAGUUUGGUUAUGAAAUAUAUUUUCAUAGAUAUAAAGGAAGAUAUAUUGUUAUGAGCAGCAUAAGGUCAACAUUACUUACCCUCCGAGAUAAUCUUUAAUCUUGAUCCUUUCAAUAUUUUUGGCUCGGUGUGCAUGUUUUUUUUAUUAAGUGCCUCGUUGCUUAGUAUUGUAAUCCUAUAUUAAUUGUUGUCUCCUUUAUGUUCAUUCACUGGUAAUUGUUUUAAAUCCAUUCUAUAUGUGCGGAUGAUUAAUUUACAGUAUUAUUUAGUUGGACUUUAACACUCUGACUUACUGUUAUGUACAAUUCCAAUGACUGGUUAGUCAACUCUUUUUUUAUGUCUUUUUAUAAGGUUUUCGGCGUAUCUUUAACACACUUAGAUUCAUAUGUGCAUGUUAUUUAUACAUCUAUUACUAUUGUUUAUAAAACUUAGUUUUGUGUGUAUAACAUAUUUAUUUCUAUCCGUUUUAUUGUACGUACAAGUAUGGCAUAUCUUAGUUUUGUGCGUAUACCAUAUAUUAAAUGAAGUUUUGAACGUACUACAUAUCUUAGUUGUGUACAUAUUACAUAUCUUUGUUUUGUACGUAUUACAUAUACUAGUUUUUCGUACUAGUAUCAUUGUUUUGUACAUAUAACAUAUCUUACUUUUGUACAUAGUACAUCUCUAUUGCACAUACUUUGCACGUACUUCAUAUUUUUGGCACGUAUUGCAUAUCUUAGUUGUGUACAUACUACAUAUCUUAGUUUUGUACGCACUACAUAUCUUAGUUGUGUACAUACUACAUAUCUUAGUUUUGUACGCACUACAUAUCUUAGUUGUGUACAUACUACAUAUCUUAGUUUUGUACGCACUACAUAUCUUAGUUGUGUACAUACUACAUAUCUUAGUUUUGUACGCACUACAUAUUAUCUUAGAUUUGUAAGUACUUCAUAACUUAAUUUUUACGUAUUAUAUAUCUUAAUUUUGUACGUGCUACAUAUCGUAGUUUUAUACGUACUAUAUAUCAUAGUUGUGUACGUAUUGCAUAUCUUAGUUGUGUACAUAUCACAUACAUUAGCUGUGUGCGUACUACAUAUCUGUUUUGUACCUAUCUUUAUUUUGCUAAUUACAUAACAAAUUUAUCAUCUAAUAUUGUCCGUAUUAAAUUUUUGACAUAAUUAUUUUAGUUUUAUAUCUACUUCAUUUAAUAUUUGUUUUGUGUUAAUAUAAUACAUGUUUAAGUGUAACCUAGUCAUUGAUUUGUAAAUUAUGCACUAUAUGUUUAAGUGUUGUGUUAUGCGAUAGAUGUUUACUCAUACAAUGCAAUCUUUGUGAUUGUGAUAUUUCUUGUGAAUACUAAUCAAUGCACAUCAGUAUUCAAAAUUAGAAUUUUUCACAAUUUAGUUCACUUGAAAUCUUGUACGAUAUGUUUCUUUGUUGUUUGGUUUCAUUGUAAUGGAUCAGGUUAAGGUAUCAUAAAUAUUAACAUUGUGUUGAACUACAUGUUUAUGUCUUUUUCUGUCGGUCCAAUUUAAUAUACUUCUGGUAUCUAAUACAACGGUCAAUGCAUGAAAAAAACCUGUAGUCGUUUGUGCAAAUAAAAUAUCUAGAUAUGAU